GACUAUUACGUUAAAUAUAAUUUUCUAAUAUAAUUUUAAGUUAAGAUCGACAAAAAAAUGAUGUUAAUGAAAAUUUUUACUCUCUUUUUCUUUUUAAUUCUUGUAAAAUCCUUAGACCUAAUGCUACCGAUAAAGCAAGACUUAUUAAAUUGUUUCGAUAAAUAUGGUUUAGGAAAUGAUCAAAUCAUAGAUAUGAAUAUUAAAAAUAAAUUUACUCCUAAUUUUGAAAAUUUAUUAUUAGAAUGGAAUACAGAAAUUAUAUACAGUGAGGAUGAAAACAAUAGAUCAAACAUUGGGUUUGCUAUGGCCAAUGAUGUUUGUUUAACAUUAUUAGACAAGGGAAUUGAUAGUGAUAUACAUUAUAAAAGAUGCUUGGAAUUAGCAAAAGAGUGUUGUAAAAUAUACGUAGAAAAAGUUGAUACUUUAAACAUGACUGUGGAUUCGGGAGAAAUGGUUAUAAUACCAGACAAUCCUUAUGAACAUUUAGUUAAAGAUAGGAGUGAAGAAAAAAAGGUUUUAUCCACGUUACUUGAAGAAGAUGGCAUGAUUGUUGAAAACGAUUGCAAACCUGUGGAAGGUGCUCAAAUAGUUGUAUUGUCCGAAGAUACCAAAGAUGUAGAUUUCAUUAAGAUGAAAUUAUAUAUUUAAGGUUUAAAAAUCAUAAUGGAAAACUGUAGAUUUGUUUUUAUUGUAAUUUAAUUAAUUAAAAAUAUUUAACUUGUAAAAAAUUACAUAGAUCUAUAAAUAAUAAUAAUUUUCUGUUGUCUAUAAUAUUUAGGUAACAUCUUUAUAGAAUUUCAACGCUGAUUCCAAAUUUGUCUUCAAUUUUUUCGAUCACAACUAGUUU